UCCCACACUAUAGUAUAGUAUAAACAAACAAGUAUAGAUCAGUAAACAAGCAACCAAGCAGAGAGUGAGACUGCAAGAGUUUGGCACAUCAUAGGACGUACACUAGAGACAAACAAAAAGUGCUUUUCAUUGCAAGUGCCGUAGUCGUGGAAAUGGCUGAUGACAGCCAAUCAUGUGACACUCCCCUACACACUGCUGCAAGCCGUGGGGACUUAGAUGAAGUCAGAAAGCUUUUGAUAACAAAGCAAUAUGAAUUGGAUGCCAGAAACUCACACAACCAAACAUCUCUUCAUCUCGCAUGUGCUAAUGGUCACCUCGAUACGGUUUGGACACUAGCCAAUGAUUUUGGUGCUGACAUAGGAGCUAUUGAUAAUGACAGAAAUACACCAUUGCUCUUUGCUGCUAAGAACAAACAUGUGCAAAUAAUUAUCAUGUUGGUUCUAUUAUCAAUGCUUGGUAGACGCCUCUCUAAUGGAAGAAGACAGUCAUGUUCCUUUAGCUGUAGUCAGAUUGAUUCACAUCAUUCUAAAAUCUUUGAAGAUGUCUUGUUUGAGUAUUACAAUGAUUCUGAAGCAGUGGAGAAAACUAUGCUGAUGAUAUCCAAAUUCUUUCUUGAUCAGUGUAUCGAUUUCAAACAUUAUAAUGAUGAAGGCUUCUCUAUAUUGUUUGUAGCUGCAUCACUUGGUCUCAAAGACUUGAUUGGUCGGUUAGUCACAGAGAAGAAAGCAGACCUGAAUAUUAAGGGCUUCCGUGGUUUGUCUAUUCUCCACUGUGCCUGCUUUGGAGGACAUGUACUACUCGUGGAGAGUCUUAUUUCAGAACAUGUUAUGGACCUUUCUGUGAAAGACAAAUAUGGGCACUCAGUUUUGCAUUAUGCUGUAAUAAAAGGGGUUCCAUAUUCAUGCACUGGUGGCUGUUUAAAGCUAAUGGACAAACUGAUCAUGGAAUAUGACCUCAAUCCCGCAGAUAAAGAUAACGAUGGUAACACAGCUCUACAUAUUGCAGCCAUGAAAGGACAAGUAGAAACAGUUAGACACCUGAUCAGUAAGCACAGUGCUGAUAUUUACACCAUUAAUAAUAAGAACAAUACUCCAUUGAUGCUAGCUGCACUGAAUGGUCGUGCCCAUGUUUUGGAUGCGUUCGUCAAAGAAUUCAACAGCAGUUGUCAUGUCCGAAGUUACAACGGCUGUACUCUUCUUCACCACGCAUGCGAGGGUGGCCAUACAAAAAUGAUAGACGCACUGGUAACAGAAUAUGGCCUUAAUCCCGAAGAUAAAGAUGGUAAAGGAAAUACACCUCUACAUAUUGCAGCCAUAAAUGGACAUGUUGAAACAGUGAGACACCUGAUCAGUAAGCACAGUGCUGAUGUUGAUUGCAUUAAUAAAACGAAGAGUACUCCAUUGAUGCUAGCUGUACUUAGUGGUCAUGCCCAUGUUUUGGAUGCCUUAGUCAAAGAAUUCAACAGCAGUUGUCAUGUCCGAAGUUACAACGGCUGUACUCUUCUUCACCAUGCAUGCGAGGGUGGCCAUACAAAAAUGAUAGACACACUGGUAACAGAAUAUGGCCUUAAUCCUGAACAUAAAAAUGGUAAAGGAAACACAUCUCUACAUAUUGCAGCCAUGAAAGGACAUGUUGAAGCAGUGAGACACCUGAUCAGUAAGCACAGUGCUGAUGUUGAUUGCAUUAAUAAAACGAAGAGUACUCCACUGAUGCUAGCUGUACUUAGUGGUCAUGCCCAUGUUUUGGAUGCGUUCGUCAAAGAAUUCAACAGCAGUUGUCAUGUCCGAAGUUACAACGGCUGUACUCUUCUUCACCACGCAUGCAAGGGUGGCCAUACAAAAAUGAUAGAUGCACUGGUAAUGGAAUAUGGCCUUAAUCCUAAAGAUAGAGAUGGUAAAGGAAAUACACCUCUACAUAUUGCAGCCAUAAAUGGACAUGUUGAAGCAGUGAGACACCUGAUCAGUAAGCACAGUGCUGAUGUUGAUUGCAUUAAUAAAACGAAGAGUACUCCACUGAUGCUAGCUGUACUUAGUGGUCAUGCCCAUGUUUUUGAUGCGUUAGUCAAAGAAUUUAACAGCAGUUGUCAUGUUCAAAAUUACAGUGAUCGUACUCUUCUUCACCAAGCAUGUGAUUGUGGCCAUAUAAAACUUAUAGACAAACUGGUAAUGGAAUAUGGCCUCAGUCCCAAAGAUAGAAAUUGUAAAGGAAACACACCUCUACAUAUUGCAGCUUCGAAAGGACAUGUUGAAACAGUGAAACACCUGAUCAGAAAUCACAAAGUUGAAACCAAUAUCACUAACAAUAAGAACUCUACCCCAUUGUGUUUAGCAGCUAAAGGUGGGCACCAGGUUGUGCUUCAUGCUCUGAUUGAAGAGUUCCAUUGCAGUCCACAUAUAAGAGGCUACAAUGGUCGAACUCUGCUUCAUUAUGCUUGCAAAUAUGGCCAUAUAGAAACAUUAAACAAUUUAGAAUUAAAAUAUAAGGUGGAUCCAACAAUCAGAGACAACGAUGGGAACACACCUCUUCAUAUUUUGUGUCGUACACGGUAUACUGAAGAAGGGAAGCUCAGAACAGUGCUUUGCGAAUACCAGUGCUGGACAGUGUUUAAAGUUAAUAAUGAUGGCAACACACCUCUUCACACUGCAGCUAAAUAUGGGCAAGUUCAUUGUGCACGCUUACUAUUGCAGAAAUGCAAUGCUCCCCUUUUUGUGCGAAAUAAGUAUGAAGAGACUGCCCUUGAUGUAGCUAAAGCUCAGAAAAGUCAGGAAAUCAUUACCAUUUUCAAAAAUGAUCAUUCUGAAAUCCAGUCAAUCUACCGGCAACUAGACAAACUUGCUCAGCAGGAGUUUGGUGGUGUAAAGAACCUCACCAGAAUAUUUGUUGUAGGUCAUUCAGGUGCAGGGAAGUCCACGCUUGUUGAAACUAUUAAAAAAGAAGGUUUCUUUAGCUACUUUAGCACAUCAACUGUUGCCCCUCACACUGCAGGCAUUGUUCCAAGUACUUAUGACAGUAGUGCUUAUGGAAGAAUGAUACUCUAUGAUUUUGCUGGUAAUUCCGAGUACUACUCCUCACACGCUGCAAUCAUGGAGUCAAUCAACACAUCGAAAGGAAGUAAUAUAUAUUUGAUAAUUUGUGAUUUGAGUAAAGGUGAAGAAGCUGCUGCCACUAAAUACAGCUAUUGGCUUUCAUUUCUAUCAUACAAUAUUAAACAAUUCUCAAACACAAUUAUCCUACCAGUGGGAAGCCAUGCUGAUGUCAUUAAUAUAACGUCAAUGGAACGAGUAUUAUAUGUGCUUGACAGUGUAUCUCAAAAGUUUUGUAGCAGCUCCAAGAUUGAUGAUUUUUAUAUAGAACAAAGUAUUGCUCUCGAUUGUCGUAAACGAGGUGCUGUAGUGAAUGACAUAAAGAAACUUACAAAGCACUCGAGAUUCUCGAAAAAUGUAUCCCCCAUCGGACUUUCUCCAGAGACGAGUGUUCUCUUGGGAUUGUUGAAAAAAGACUUUGAACACAUUCCUUGCAAAGUGAGCUGCCUCAUCUCUCACAUAGAAGAUACUGGAAUUCCGCUGCCACUAAAUUCUUCAUUACUAUACACUCUCAUAAGAGAGUUACAUGAUUUGGGUCUACUAAUGGUGAUAGAGAGAGAAGGGGACUCCAUUGGGAACCACAUAAUCAUUCUCAAGAUAUCAAUAUUCACAUCAGAUGUGCACAAAAAACUUUUUUCAGAGUCUGCUAGAGCUGACCUCACCAAGGACAUUGAUCCACUCAAGUUCAGCGUAGGCAUUAUUCCAGAAUCACUACUGAAAAUAGUACUGCCAGAGCACAUCACUAAAGAAAGUCUACUUAAGCUGCAGUACUGUCACGAAAUUGAGAAUUUGUACGUGGAAGAGGACCACACUCUUUCUCAACUCACUUCUAGGCCAGUCCCAACAAACACUGCCAAUACAGAGAAAUUUCAUUUAUUUUUUCCUGCUUUAUGUGAUCUCAAGCUCGGCGAAAUUCAAUGGCCAAAAUCCGAAGGUGAUAUGAUUACUUUAGGAUGGUAUGCUAAAUGUGAUGGUGACAGAUUCGACUAUUUCCCAACAAGAUUUCUCCAUGUGCUUAUUGUUCACCUCUCUCACAACUUCGCAUUAAAACAAAACCUGCCAACAAGUCACAGACCCUCUUUAGUAAGUGAGUCUUCUAGUGAUAAUAGUUUUUUGAUUGCGGAGGUAUGUGCUGCCAAUCCUCGCUGUCGUGUCUGGUCGACUGGUCUGCAUUGGCUUAUGAAGAAUGGAGUGGAGGUAUUUGUCGAUAUGCCUAAAGACGCUGAUAGUAAAGAUCUGAUUGUACUAGCAAGAAGUGACAUUGAAGAUAAAGUUGAAUGUUCCAACACUCUGCAACUAGUUAUUCAGAAGGUAGUCGAAAUAAAAGUUGAAUUCUGUGCUAGUAUAGUGCCAACUGUUUACCUUCUUGAUCCGAGCAACCUUAAGGAUGAACCUUUUACGAAUGCUAGCAAUGCACCUAAAUAUGCUCUAAUCGAUAUCGAAAAGGCACUAGCAGAAGGCACUAAGCGAGUCGUGGACAAUAAAGGACGAUGCUUCUCCUCUCAGAUCAAAGAUUGGAUCAGCCCAAUAUCUUACUGGAAAUUGUUGUUUCCGAUGGAUACCUUCUUGGUUCGUUCUGCUUUGAAAAAAGUAUUAGGUACUCAAUGGAAACUGCUAGGACUAAAUCUUUUAAUUUCCUGGAUUAAACUAGAUAACAUUGACAAUGAAGCAUCCUUUCCUGAUGGCAUUGCUAAGAAAGAAAAAGUAAUUCAACUGUGGAUGUCACAAGAACCCACCUGGAUAGUGUUGGUAGACGCUCUCAGUCAACCUUCAAUUGGAUUGUCCCAGAAAGCAAGUCAAAUCUCAGUAGAACACAAUGUGCCUCUACAAGAGAAAAUCCUCUGCGAAAACAAUUCAUCCCUCCAUCCUGACGAGGACUUUCUCCAAUCAUUUGCUGCCAUCAUUGGCUCUCGAUGGCAGUGUCUUGCUUCUCCCCUCUCCCUCACUUCUGAAGACAUUGUGAGCAUCAAGAGAGAGACAACCAGACAAGCACUUGUCAUGCUACAGAAGUGGGCAGCCAGGGAGACGGCGACUUAUGGUCAGUUGAGAGAGAAACUCUGUACACUCUCUGUGUUUCAUAUUUGAGAAAAGUUAGUUCAUUUAUCACAGCAGAAAUUUUAGCUAUAUGUUCCAUAUUCAUGCAAUGGCGGCCUUUUAAAGCUAAUGGACGUAGCUAUACGUUAUCAAUGCACCUAUAUAGCUUUUUACCAAAAUAUAUCACCUUUAAUUAUUGUUUGUGUCACUGAACUAUGCUUUGCCAUUCAUGUUAUUACAUUUAAGCAACAAUAAUGCUACACUGCACUUUUAAUUUGCAUACUGCCCUGCAAAUGCAAUGCACCAUACCAACUUCAUCAAAUCACACUUUUGCACCAUACGAAUCGCAUAAUUUUGUUAGCCUACUAGUUUCUUUUAUUGUCAAUUCUUACUGUCAAUGCUUCCCCCAAGUAA